UUGAACACUUGACACUGACAAAUAAAGUAGGCAUAUAUAAUUUUUCUUGCUUUUUUGUUUUGUUUGGAUUCCUGCACUAUUUUGACGUUCCAAAAUUUAUACAAUAUAUCCAAAACCCUAGUAACAUUUUGAUGAUGAUAUUUUUUAAACAAUCCUCACGAUAUUUCCACAAUUCAUUAGUUUUCUAUAAUGCAAACAAAAGUGGUUUAGCCGAACUUCGAAAGAGAACUGGUUACACAUUUGCAAAUUGUAAAAAGGCAUUGGAGUUGAACGGCAACGAUGUUAGCAAAGCGGAAGAAUGGUUGAAUAAACAAGCUCAAUCCAUGGGGUGGUCUAAAGCCACAAAAUUAGAAAACAGAAGUACAACACAAGGAUUAGUUGGAGUAUUAGUCAAAAAUAAUAUUGGAGCUAUGGUUGAAAUUAAUUGUGAAACUGAUUUUGUUGCAAGAAAUGAACAAUUUAGAAAAUUUGUUGAAUUUGCAACCAAAUUAUGCGCUCAAUACACAAGCAAGACUGAUUUCGAUGGAGACCUUUGGAAACUUGGUUUUGAAACAGAUGCUCUAAAACAUCUGAAAGCAAACGACGGAAAAACUUUAUCUGAUCAUUUGGCUCUUUUAAUAGGAACUGUUGGGGAAAAUGCCACACUCAAAAGAGCAAUUUGCUUUAAAACUAAUAAUGAUUUGAAAUUGUACGCUUACACACAUCCACCUUCUAAUAUUAAUGAACAAUCAGAUGUAAGUUUUGGUAAAUAUGGGACUUUAGUUGCUUUUAGAACGGAAAAGGAUGACAAAGAAUUGCAAAAAAAUAUUUGUCAACAUAUUGUUGGUAUGAGCCCAGUCAAAAUUGGGAAUAUAGAUAAAGAUAAACCAUUAGAAAACAAAGACAAUGAAACAUGUUUAAUAUUUCAAGAAUAUCUUUUGGACCCAAAUUACUUAGUAAAUGAUUUCUUGAAGGAAAAUAAUGUAGAAAUAAUUGAUUAUCAAAGAUAUGAGUGUGGUGAAAAUAUGAAAUGCUUUUCUGAAGAAAAUUAACUAUCGUACUCAAAUUUUUAUUCAAGCUCUUUGUUUUUGGAAUACUUAAAAUUAGCUAAUUAGAAAUAAAAAAAAUUUUCCAAACUUA